UGCGCUUUUUGCAAGUGGUGACAAGUGUUUUUGUUUCGCAACCAACGCUAGGAAGAGAUGGCAGCAUUUGCUAUUUAUCGGUCAUUGAAUUUGCAGAGUGUAUGUGUUUAUAAGAGUUUGAAUCCAGUAUGAACUAUGUCUGGGAAUGUGUUUGAGCGACCGUUCAAGUGCGGACUCUGUUCUCGCUGCUUCAAACAGCGAGUUCACCUGAGAAACCACAUGUUCAUUCACACCGGUGAGAAACCUUUUAAAUGUGACGAGUGCUCGGAAUGCUUCGCUCGCAGAUCUUCCCUCAAAAUCCACUUGUUCAAACAUACUGGCAUAAACCCGUUCAGAUGUAAACUCUGCGCGAAGAGCUUCUCACGAAAAUCCUCGCUCAACAGUCAUGCCAUGACGCACACGGGUGAAAAAGCGCACAAGUGCCGGAUCUGUUCGAAGCGUUACUGCAACAGCUCUGCGCUGAAGAGACACAUGUGUUACCACACAGGCGAGAAACCAUUCGUGUGCGACGCCUGUUCGAAAUGCUUCGUGGAGAAGACCGCGUUGCAGGGUCACAUGAGAAUCCACACAGGUAAAAAACCUUUCAAGUGUGAACACUGCUCCCGGCGAUUUUCCCUGAGAUCGAUUCUCGUGAGUCACCUUUCCAUUCACACCGGGGUGAAGGCGCACCAGUGUCAGCAGUGUCUGAAACGAUUCUCUCAACGUGCCAAUUUAAAGAGACACGAGCUCGUCCAUUCGGGUCACAAGCGUUUCAAAUGCAGCCUGUGUUCCGCGGCCUUUUUGCAGAAUUCGCACCUCCAUAGUCAUAUUCUCAGCCACACUGGGGAGAGACCGUUCGACUGCCGGGUGUGCGGGAAGAGUUUUUCAAAGAGCUCGACACGGAACCGACACUUGAUGAUUCACCGCAACGAGAAACCGUUUGUCUGUGACGAGUGUUCGCAGAGCUUCUCGCAGCGCUCCAGUCUAAAGAGACACCAGCUGGUGCACUCGGGCGUGAAAGCGUUUGAGUGCGAAGUGUGUUCCAAGUGCUUCUCUCUGAAGAGCAGUCUCAAGAGACAUAUGUCUGUUCACUAUUCAGGUGAUUGGCAAAAGACCCGCAUCUUCGUUUCUGAGUUAUCUUCGACGGCAGAGAGCUCACCAAACGUCAGAUUACUCCGAUGAUGAUGAUGAGAAAUUAAGCCUUUAAAAAUGGAGAAAAAAUAUAUAUAUAUAUAUUUACAAACAAAACAUCAUCAGAUGAUAAAUCACCAUGCUUUUACAACUACAUACAGUAAGGGUGAGGAUUUUCUUAAUGUUUGUGUGGUGGAAUCUGUGAAAUGAACGUUCAGCCAUUCCUAUUCUGGAGGACUUUGGUGGCCCCAAGUUUAUUUUGUUAAUGAUGUUUGUGUGGUGGAAUCUGUGCAAUGAACGUUCAGCCAUUCCUAUUCUGGAGUACUUUGGUGGCCCCAAGUUGCGCUUUUGACAAACUGUCUUGUGUGGAGUUUAUUUUUGAUAGCUUUGUGUUGUCCCUCCCACACUUUGAUCACGUAAUCCUCUCCCACGUAGAUAGCGUAACACCAGGACAGUCCUCAGGGGUGCUAGCGAUGGGGAAUGAUUGACUGGUAACAGUUUCUACUCAGUCCAGUGAUUGCUGACCCGCCCACAGAAACAUUCCGUGGAACUUCGUGAAGACAUCACAUCAUUCAAUCCAAACAUGAUCUACCACCCACCCUAAAAUAAAAAUAAAUAUUUACAAAAAAAAAACAUCAGAUGAUAAAUCGCCACACUUUACAACUACAUUUGAGGAUUUUGUUAAUGAUCUUUGUGAGGUGUAGUCUGUGUGAUGAAUGUUCUACCAUUUCUAUUCUGGAGUACUCUGUGUCUUGUGAGGCGUUGAUUUCUGUUAACUUGCGUCACGGUGUCCACCUGUCAAAAACCUCACCAGACUGAGUCUCUACUCUGCCAAAUAUUCUCCAGGUCGCUGUGAGCAUUCUCCUUCAUUUUCUACCAACUCGACAUCCACAGAAUUAGUGUCAACAAUGUUAUUCUGUCCUCCAACAACCACCUUGUUGGCGUUUAUUUUAAAAUUAGUGUGAGAUCCUGAAAUGAUCAGUUUCUACCAACUCGACAUCCACACAGUUAUCACUUUGAGAUCGCCCGACAGCUGCGAUACGACCAGUGUCACGACUUCAUCAUAUUCAGACAGUGCUGACCUGGCUCUAUGCCUAGCUGUCUAAGAAUUGCUGCACUGGCACAUUGACUAUCAUUAAAUAGAACUGUUGCAGUAUUUACCUUCUCCUUCCCACAAAAACCUCUUUUGGGCACAGAUUCCAAAUGUGAUGAAAUGAUUUAUUAUUGUUCUGCGUGCCGCCAUGAAGGCAUUUGGACAAAAGUUCAUCGCUCACAAGGAAUUCAAACAUUGUUUUGAUUUCUUGUAAAACAAACUCUGGCAGCAUGUUCUUCUUUGCCUUUUCAUGGUCAUCUUUGAUAGCUGGACACAAAGUGCCGCAAGUGUCGUGACGGUUUCCACAGUGAUGCCAGAUGGCCCAUACUGCCUUUUGCAUUGCAGCUAAAUUGCCAGAAUUAUUUCUUAUGACUGCCCCAUAGUGUCCCUGCAUUCUCCAUACGGCAUUUUGUGUUAAUUUUCCUAUGCCUCCAAUCCUUUGUAUGUUUUACCAUUAUGGCUGUACAUCUUAUUUUUGCAUUGAAAGAUUUUAUCUGUCGGUCGUCGACCCAUACGUUUCUGAACAUGUCCGCAACACUCUAAUUUUCGUAUUGUUUUCCCAGGAUAGAUUGGGGGGGGGGGGGGGGGAUCCGCAGAAGAAAUCCGGGAAUAGCUUGAAUCGCCAUCACCUAAAUGCCCUGUGUACUGUAAAUGAUGCUUCUGUUCUGAUCGUAAAUAUAUUUCUGUCACACCUGCAGGCUCCAUUGCCCCUGCUGAACCACUAUGGUUUUUAGAACAAGUGUUCUUGUGAUUGACGUACCACUGGUCAAAUUCUUCAUCAGACUUGCACUCUUUUCAUCUUGAGGAACAAACUCCACAAUAAUUUGUUAGUGUUUCACUAUCCAGAACUUGGCACUUAUUAUCACUGACUGAUAAACAAGUCACUACUCCAUUUUUACUUUGAAAACCUUUCCUCUGCCAUGUGCCGUCAACGACGCUACAGUUUCAGUCGAGCCAAGCUUACACUUAUUUUGCUCCUUUCCAGCAUUACACACACUUUCUUCACUCACAAUCUUUGUUACAGCAUGAAUACUCUGUGAUCCCUUUUGCCAUGUUGUUUCAGACACGGGGGAGGUAUAUUUAUUAGUCCACAGAAUUUCUGGGCCUGCGUGUGAUGGCGUCCAAUGCCGAAAAUUGACCACUGAAACCGUUCAUUAACAUCAAAUACUCAUUAGGACAGGGAAAUAAUUUCAAAAAGCUGCAUUGAUUGGCUAUAUCAAUUAUUCUGUAACCAGUAAGUUCAUUAUUGUCAUUCAAUACAUUUGGAGCACACUGUAAAUGUUCAAAUACCUUCCUGUAAGAUGCUGUAUUUUCAGAUUUCAAAUCGCUAUUACUGUCAUUAUCACUGUUAUCAUCACGAGAAAGCUUAGGAACCUUCAGUGGUCCAGUAAAUCUAUUUCCACAAAAUGCAAGUUUUUUCGUUCUAAGCAUAAUGAGUUAGCAAUAUUAACCUCUCACAAUAUUGUACAAAUGUCCUGAAUUAGUGUGAUCACAUAAAACCUAAUUAUUCUUACAUAUACCGUGUUUUCUUUGUAAAUUUGUUGCCAGUGUAAUUUGUAAACACGAGAAACCAUGCUGUAUAACUGUACCAACACCGUUUGAAAGGAGCUUUCUGAUUGGCUAAAACUGGAGCUUGCCCUAUAGCCUCUAUAAUUAUUGACCAAUUAGUAAAGUAAUUUUAAAACUAUUCUCCAGAACUGUAUCUCAGUUUUGGUUUUUAUUUCACAAAAAUUGGUCAAAAAAUAAAGUUAUGGGUUUGUGAAUAUUUAAUUAGGUAUUGUUUAAAUCUGUUUCCAAUAAUUAUUGGCUAAUUAAGGUAAUUAAUAUAACUUUUUCAUGCAAAAUGCUUUUAUGACUGAAAGCUAACAUUAAUCAAAUGUUUUGACAGAGGAAUAGAAACAAAAACAUCUUUUAUUUGUUUUUAAUUACUUUAUUGGGUUUGGUCUCACCUUAAAGCAAAGUCAUAAACAUAAACUAGCAGAUUAUGACUUUUG